UUUGGGUGUUUUUCAGUCCCUUUCACAGAAGCUUCGCAUUUUGCAGAGUGUUUUCACGCUAAUUUCUCCACAAUGGGAAGAUCUCCGGGUAAGAAAAGUUCUCGUUCGUCAAGGCAUCGACGCAGCCAUAGUCGAAGCCGGAGCAGGGAGCGCCGGAAGGAGCGUCGCACCUCGCGGAGCCGUAGUCGUGACUAUGAUCAUCGUCGAAAGGACAGAAGCCGUAGUCGGGAUUAUGAGAAGCGUCGAAAAGAUAGGAGCCGCAGCAGAGAGAGAAGGUCGUCGAGGGAACGCGAUAGGGAACGCCGUCGCGAGCGCGAUAGGGCGGAGCGCUUCGACGAGAAUGCUCAGUCCGGGAGUGUGGAGAAGAAGGACAUGCCGAACCUGUCGCAGCAGAUCCUGGCGGCAGUGGCGCAAUCAGCGACGGAGAAAAAUUUUGCUUCUUUCCUUAACAGCUCGCUCUUGUCAGCUGGCUUCGACGGAGGCGGCACUUCCAGCCUAUUGGGAGCCUUCGGAUUAGGGGCUGUUGACAGCAGCUUAAUGGAGCCGAAGCCAGAUGAGAGUAUGAAGCGUGAAAUGGACUUUUCGGGAAUUUCAGAAGUCAACAAUGGCGCUGGUCUUUUGGGAGCAGCGCCGAGUCUCUUCGCAACGCACCAGCUGGAGCCGAAUAGUAACAGCAACAGCCAGGAUGCAUUCAAAAUGAUGUCAGGAAACAACAGCAACGACAGCACUCCCGGACUGUCAGCAAGUGAUGAGAGGAAGAGGAAGAGGAAGUCUAGAUGGGCUGGAGGAGAUCACGACAAGACAUUCAUCCCGGGAAUGCCGACAAUACUGCCUCCGACUCUGAGUGCUGACCAACAGGAGGCGUAUUUAGUUCAACUGCAAAUCGAGGAAAUCAGCCGCAAAUUGCGCUCCGGCGACUUGGGAAUAUCAGCAAAUCCGGAAGAAAGAUCUCCAUCGCCUGAACCCAUCUACAGUUCUGAUGGUAAACGGUUGAACACCAGGGAGUUCCGCAUCAGGAAGCGUCUGGAAGAGCAGCGUCAUCAACUUGUGCUGCGGAUGCAGUGCAUGAAUCCGGAAUUCAAGCCACCAGCGGACUACAAGCCGCCAGUCAUUCGAGUGAGCGACAAAGUGUUGAUUCCGCAGGAGCAGCAUCCGGAUAUAAACUUCGUGGGAUUGCUGAUUGGCCCCCGAGGAAACACCCUGAAGGCAAUGGAGAAGGAGACAGGUGCAAAGAUCAUAAUCCGUGGAAAGGGGUCAGUGAAGGAGGGAAAGGUGGGCCGCAAGGAUGGACAGCCGCUGCCGGGUGAGGAUGAGCCGUUGCAUGCUUUCAUCACGGCUAGCAAUCCUGAGCACGUGAAGAAGGCGGUGGAUAAGAUAAAGGAGGUCAUUCGGCAGGGUAUUGAAGUGCCUGAAGGGCACAAUGACCUGCGAAGGAUGCAACUGCGGGAAUUGGCUCAGCUGAAUGGGACUCUGCGCGAAACUGACGGUCCGAGAUGUACAAAUUGUGGCUCAACUGAGCAUAAGAGCUGGCUGUGUCCGGACAAGCCGAAUGUGACGAAUAACAUUGUGUGUUCCUCGUGCGGUGGGGCAGGGCACAUUGCCAAGGACUGUCGAAGUAAGCGUCCGGGCGCUGGCGGACCGCCGAGCAGCAAUGCCCAGGCGAAGAUCGAUGAGGAGUACAUGAGUUUGAUGGCGGAGUUGGGCGAAGGACCGCCGGCCGAUGUGAGUAAACGCGAGAUGGUGCAGCAUCCUCGCUAUGGGCUGUUUGACCAGAGGCCCAGUCAUCCUCGCUCGCUGAUGGCUCCACCGCCACCGCCGUGGAACCAGAGUCAGAUGGGCAUGACUCCGCCUCCGCUGAUGGGUCCGCCCGUUCCACCAGGUGGAACCCCACCAGGCGGCCAGGGAUCUCAUGGCGGAAUGCCCUGGAACAUGGGCAUGGGUCAGAAUACGGCUAAUGGACAGCCACCGCCGCCUGGGAGCUGCAUGCCCUCUGACAAUAAUGGCAUGUCUGGAUUGAGCCCGGGCUUGCCGCCAAUUCCAGGCACAGGGAUGCCACCGAUGAUGCCUCCACCACCUGGAACGGAUCAACAGUGGGAUUGGGGUCCGCCGCAGCCUCCGCCGCCACCCGUUCAUCCGGCGCCACCACAGCAGCAGCCGCCGCAGCAGCAACACAUGAUACCACCGCCUUUCCCAUGGGGACAGGCGCCUCCUAACUUCAUUCCACCCCCUCCGCCCUCAACCAAUGCCUCGAUGACUUCGCCCAGGAUUCAGAGUCUGCUCUCGUCUCCACCACCACCUCCGCCGCCCAACUAAGUGCAAGUCUUUGUAACGUUCCCUACACUGUCACAUUGGACUAUCCUUAAUCUUAUACCUUAUUGAUUUUGAAAGAGUUUCAUAGUCUUUGCAGAAUAAAUUUGACACUUGAAAUUGAAAAUUAUAACUUUGUAGUUAUGUAGAUAUGUAAUGUGUAUUCUUACCUCAAGUGUGUGUAUGAAGAGUAGAAAUAUUGGUCUAUUUUACAGUCUUACAAAUUGCGAUUGACAGAAAGAGUAAUUGUUUUAUAACAUUGGCUCAGAAAUGAGUCUUUUCUGUUUACGAAGUAGUAAGGAAUAUAAACAAUGAAUGAUGGGGAGCUCAGUAGCAAUGUUCUUGUAAUUUAUGUGUUGAAUUGAAAGCAUAACAAUCCGUAGUGUUGUAGUAAUGUUAUAUAACACUUUGAACUAUAUUAAAGUCGAUGGAAAAAAUGAUUGCCGACUAAAGCUCAAUCAAAACAUUAUGUAUUUGUAGUGCAAUGGUAAAAUUGUUCAGUGGUUUCAGAAACCAUCUAAUUGAAACAAUUGCAAGAAAUAGGGUUACAAAUAUAUCAACUUCCAUAAACUAACGAUUUGGUGGAGAAAAGAUUAUCUUUGUCACGCAGCAUCACAAUGGCUAAACUAAAUAUACAAAUACUAAAAAAUUAUUGUAUCGUUUUUCAUUGGGAUAGCAAAGAAUUGUAUACCUAAAAAUUAUAUGUCUGCAUUUUGAGAUUAAAUAAAUGAGUAAAAAGUAUCUUCUCUGUUUUGGAUGA